AUGUAUAAUAAUAAUAAUAACAAUAACAAAGUGCUCAUUUUCAUUUCUGUACUUUUAACUACAUUACUAUCACAUGUAUUAGGUAACACAGAAGGUAGUAGUUCCUACUCUCCAGUGGUUAUUUCCUUGCCAUCAUUUACAAAAGAAUGUUUUUACCAUGAUUUGCUAAGUGAUGAUGACGCUUUGGUGGUUAGUUAUCAGGUUUUAACUGGUGGGAAUUUUGAAAUUGAUUUUGAAAUAACUGCUCCAGAUGGAUCCAUAAUCAUUACAGAGCAUCAAAAAAAAUAUUCUGAUUUCUUGUUGAAGUCGUUUGGCUUAGGACAGUAUACUUUUUGUUUCAGUAAUAGUUAUGGUACUGCUUUGAAAAAAGUGGAAAUUACCUUAGAGCCGGAAAAAACAAUGGAUUAUUUGAAUACUGAAAAGGAAAACCCGGAAGAUAUGAUUGCCAAUAAUGCAGUUGAAGAAAUUGAUAGAAAUUUAGGCAAGAUUACCAAAUUGAUGAAUUAUUUAAGAGCUCGGGAAUGGAGAAAUAUGUCCACUGUUGAGUCCACUGAAAGUAGAAUUAUUUGGCUGUCCAUUUUAACGAUGUCUUUGAUGGUUGGUGUCAGCGUCUUACAAACACUGUUAAUACAAUUUUUGUUUAAAGACCGUCAAAAGAAUUUUGUGUAG